AUGGCACCACACUUUCCCGAACAUUUUGCACAAAAGAAGGAUAUCAUAUCUGAAAAUCCUUUCAAAACUUUCAAAAAUAAAUCAAAUCAUGAAGACUUUCAAGCUCUCAAUCUAUUCUUUCAAGAAGCAAGAAAUGCUUUCUUUUUAAGAGACUAUGAUUCUGCUUAUUCUUCAUGUGAAGCUGCGAUUUCUAAACUCCCAAGUCUCCCAUUAGUCUCUGAAUGUCCUUCUACAAGAAUCAUACAAAUGAAAGUUUGGAAUCUUUAUAUAAAUCUUAUAGCGGCUCUGUUAGCUGAAAGGAAGCAAAUAGUAGCUAAGGACACUGAGAUUAAAAGAUUCUUAGAAAAACAACCCGAGAUCAGUUGUAAUGAGGUUUAUAACAGAGUAGUCACAACUGGAUAUGAUAAUGAAGACGGGGAUGUUCCGGGUGAGGUGAUUAUUGCAUGGUGGGCUUAUGAACGUGCACUUGUAAAAUUAAAAGUCAAGUCCAACAGGUUAACAUCUCCUAAACAUACUAAAUCAAAAAAGGAAAGACAGAGAAGAGAAGAUGUUAAUGGUCACAAAAGUGUCUUAUCGCAUCCUCAUAACGGUUCAUCAUCGUCAUCAUCAAAUACCACAACCCAUUGA